AUGAAGUCCUCUAAUCACUAUGGCCAAGAGCCUGAACCUCAUUAUACAUACCAACCAACAAUACCUACGCCUACCACUGAGGUUCCAAAUCCCACCGCCCGAAUCCGUGGGGUCGUCAGGGAAAUUUGGCUCGCAUGCAUAAUAUCGUCUAUUCCUCUCAUUGCCUUCUCUGGUUUACUUCUCGGCCUAGUCUUUCACUACCAAGUUAUCCCAAAAAAUCCCAACUCACCUACUUUCCAAUCUGCAGCAUCUGCAGAUUCCAAUGUUAUCUAUGUUGACUUCCCUGCCACCACUCUGAUAAUCGUCGCGUCGUGGUCUAGUACUAUGGCGCCACUCAUUCUGCCUUUUCUUCUGACUCUGGUCUCAUUUCCCGUGUCUAGGACAUUGAUUCAGGCGAGUCAGAGCGGCGAUCGAACCCGACAGCCGACUCCACGGCAGUAUGCCCUCAUUCUUCGCAUCAUGAGCAAUGCCUCUUUAAGCGCCUUAUGGAGUUGUGUAACCUAUUUGUUUACCUCCAAAAGGAAGAGGGCGCCAAUGACACAGCCAUUAACUUUCAUGACCUGGAUGCUAGCCCUGGCCUCACUUCUCAGCAUGUUGGUGUUUGCGACGGAUACAUGGUUGCAUUUUGUGACCAAGACAGUUCUUCUCACCCAGUUUUCGCCCACAACAUUCGACAGCGGUAGCUUCAUGUUCAACGAGAACUGCACAAACAUCAACACUACCUUCAAAGGCGGCUGUACUCUCAACAGUGCGGCAGCAAAUACCUUUCUGAUCAAUAGCGAACCAUCACUCGAGCUCCUCGCCAACGUCUCCAGUACAAAUAUGGUGCAGCAGGUCGCUGACUCUACAGGCAAAAGCUACGCUUUCGUUGGUCUUCGACAAACCAACCAAAAUGCCAACCUAGACUAUACGGCGUCAUCUUUCGGAGCUUCCUCCCAAUGCAAGGUUGUCACAAAGCAUUGCAUAAGUGAAGACGGCAUUAUUGGCCCCCAGGCUAGCUAUAAUUGCGACUUUGGCCCGGUCCAGGGAGUUAUACCGACCACUCUAGUAAAUUCAAUGGUUCUCACUUAUUUCACCGAUUCAUCAAUGAAGAAGAACUCUUCAUCCCUGGUAUCGCUGCCAAAUCCAUACUAUUUUACCGCCAUUGUUAGCGUCAAUCAGAAUCUGGGCCGCAAUCCCAACAGAGGUCUGAUAGACGACCCUGACAUAGCCAGCGGUCUCCACGGAUCAACUCUUUUCGCAUUACUUUGUAGUACUAAAGUCCUUGACUGGCGAUACACUUCGAUAAACGGAUCCGUCAAAUCUUUUUCAUACUCGCCGAGCAAUGCAUCUACUACCAAUAUUGUGAUGGGGACUCAAGGAUAUACUCACGUCGGCGAUUCAUAUGUCCUCCAACAAACAAGUCUUGACGUUUGGCAGAGCGACACGGCACAAGAGGUAGCCGACAAAUUUGCGGAAACGUACAGUCGAACCGUCAUGGGUGCAAUCGGAGGAGCUUUACUCUCUGCGCCAGCCGAAGAGGCUCAGUCACGAUCCUCAAAGCUGGUAGCUAAGAUUCCCAAGGGACCCCUUGCAUGUCUACUGGUUGCCAAUUUGCUACUUGUGAUACUUGGACUGUUUCUUACAGUUCGGGCAUUUUUGGCCUCAAGCAGUGAUGUUGGAGACGUACAAGCGAGACUCGGCAUUACUGCGCUCGUUGCGGCGCAUUUCGAGGCUGAUAAAGGGGAGGUUGCAGUGGAAAAGGUAGAUCAUAUGUUCCAAGAGAGAAAUGGGGGUGACGGACCGCGCGUGACUGUAGAAAGGACUGCUUUGGGUGGAUGGAAGUUUGCUAGUUACCGGGCUGUAUAUCAUAGCUAG